AUGUGGACGUUGAACUAUGAGCCAUUGGCCGAACGGUUCAUAGUUCUGAAGGAGAUUACGAUGGUGCUGUGUAGGCCAGUCUACUCUGACAGUACUUCAAGCGUCGCGAAAGGAGGGAUACCGCAGCUCAACAGGAUCAAGAAUCAUUAUAUUGCAUUUGCCAAACCCAUUUACUUUGAUGUAUAUGAAUGGUUAUUUGAAUCCCAGAUGUUACGGCCCAAAGCAGCAAAAAUGAAACUGGUUCGAAAAGUUGAUAAGCUAUGUGGUGCAUUCAGAGCUGGUAUUCCACAGAACAAAUCACAUCCGUAA